UCCGCUUACUUCAUUCGCAGCAAUCAAGCUGUAUGCAUCUUACCGUGUGUAGAUUGUAUUUCAUAUAAUGUUUCAAUGAAAUCAGUGGCUUUUGUUGUGAAGUAAAAAAUAACACCCCAACACAACUGUAACUUGAUUUUGAAAUAGCCACAAUCCGCAAUGCUGUGAUAUCGCACAAACAAGUAACGUUUGAAGGCGCGAGAAUUAUUAUACGCGACAGACAUUCUUCCAUUUUAAGGUUAACUGCAAUAAUUAUCAUCUGUUAGCAAUAUCAUCAUAAAAACAAGCCUGAAAAUGUGCACGUGUUGUUCCAACAUGCAAAAGAAAAUGAUAUCAUUUGGCUGUUCUGCUUUCCUGAUCCUAUUUGCAAUUGUAUUGGGGACCCUGUGGCCGACAAUGUCUUCCAGAUUACUACACGACAAAUUGAUAAUCAAAAAUGGAUCAGUCAACUAUCAAAACUGGAUCAAGACACCUAUUCCAAUGUAUCUUGAAAUCUACUUGUUCAACUGGACCAACCCGGGUGAUAUCCACAAGUAUCCAGAGGUGAAACCGCAUUUCGAAGAAAUGGGGCCCUACGCGUUUCACGAAGUUCACGAGCGAGUCAAUCUGGUUUGGAACGAGAAUAACACGGUGACGUUUAAUCAGCGACGAACAUGGCACUUUGACCCCGAGCUAUCGCGAGGAUCGCUCAAUGACACCGUGACUAAUUUGAACGUUAUUUCACUUAAUACAGCGUACUUCAUGCGAGAUGCUUCAACCGUGCUGAAAGUGCUUACCGAAGGUAUGUUGGCAAUGGAUGGAUCACUAUUGUGGGAAAACAAACGGGUUGGUGAUUUACUGUUUGAUGGUUUGAAAGAUCCUUUGCUGGAUUUGUUGAAAACCCUGAACCAAACUGUCAAGAUACCUUUCGAUAAAUUUGGAUGGUUUGUGGAUAGAAAUCUAAGCGAUACAUACGAUGGUACAUUCACAAUGAAAACGGGAACAGAUUCACUGGAGAACACCGGAAUGCUAACACUUUGGAAUGGAGCGAGCCAUACGGGAAUGUACCGAGGGAAAUGCGGCGAAGUUUACGGAACGACUGGAGAGCUAUGGCCAGUUAGUCAUAUCAGAAACACGAAUGUAUCCAUUUUCGCGUCAGACGUUUGCCGUUCUUUGACACUCCAGUAUGGUGAGCAGAUAUCAAUCCAUGAUGUUGAAGGAGCCAAAUAUGUCGGUGAUGAGCGUGUAUUUGAUAACGGAACUAAAUUCCCGGAUGCAGCUUGCUGGUGCAAUGCCGACCACUGUCCUGAUGUUAAACCCGGAGUUUUCAAUGCAUCAGCAUGUAAAUAUGGUUCACCAACCUUCGUGUCUUAUCCACACUUUUAUCUAGCGGAUCAAUCGUAUUUGGAUGCUGUGAGUGGGUUAAGUCCCAACAAAUCGAAACACCAGUUCUACAUUGCUAUGGAGCCACAUACUGGCAUUCCAUUGGAUGUUCGUGCUCAACUGCAGAUCAAUAUGCAUCUGCAGCCUAUCAAGGGUAUCAAGAUGUACGAAAAACUACCAAACAUGAUGAUUCCAAUGAUGUGGUUUACACAAAGGGCAACGCUUACUCCGGAAUUGGCUAACCAAGCAAAGAUGGCCCUCAUGCUCCCACAAUUGGGUAUCUACAUUGCCAUAUUUUUCGGCACGAUUGGAACCAUCUUGGUAGGUGUAUUCUCCUAUAUUUGCAUUCGUAAAUGGAGUACGGCGGAAGUGCCGUACGAAGAAUUGGUGCGAUGAGACGCCGUUACUGAAGCGGAUAGCGAAGGUGUUAAGAAGUACUACAGCAUCGAAAACACCUGAUCUCACAUUGAACAGCGCUGUGUGGUCAUUCGAAAUAGCUACCAAAUUACCUACGUGGAUGAGAAGUGCCUUUAAGUGAUAAUCAUAAGUCAAAGUUCCAUGUAUUGUUUGCUCAUAACUUUCUCGUCGAGAUUAUGGACAGAUUUUCCCUAAACUGGUGAAUAGUAUAUUGUAGGGUUCUACUCCAGUAGAGAUAAUUUCCUAAGUCUGAUAACACUUGAGAUAGUGACAGUGCCAAUUAUAGUUUACGAAUCAAAGCUUGCAAUUCUGUACCAAAUAUGUUUGCUCUGUUACCAAACUAAUAUUAGAUAGUGGGAAUAGAUAUAGGGAAGGUAACGGCUUCGGCACUUCUUUAUAUCUAUUAAUAUCAGGGGGUAAACAAAUUCCUAUGAUGCUGAUUUAUGCAUGAAAGUGCAUCAUGUUCCAGAGCAUCGUACUGCAGAAAAAUUAAUACUCUUACAGUGAAUUUAUUAAUUAUCCAGGUUGGAACCAGUUUGACAGGCAACGCGCAGACCAAAUCUUGAUACCUGAUCCAGGUUGGAACUGAAUAAAAACAAAUUCGCUAUAAGACAUCAGUUUGUUAACCCCUAACUAUGAUAGGUAAAUGAAUUGCCGAAGCCGACAUGUCCCCUA